AUGUCGCCUCCUCUGAACACUGGGGAGAAUCUCUAUCCAGCCCAAGCAAGGAGCUACCAUACCGAUCGUCGACUUAUUGUGCGCCUUAAUGCCGUCGCCUCAACUAGCUUUGAUGCAGAUUCUGUUAUUCCACAGGGGUUUCACAUUAGACCAGUCUUGUUCUCCAUCUUCAUGAACUACAUUAAGCAUGUCAUCAAGGCCCCCUUUCUCCUCUUUGCAGACGACAUCAAGCUACUCAUAGAAGUUGCAUCCCUCCUUGAUUACCAGUCCUUGCAGGGUGCUCUUGAUGACGUAUUCGACUGGUGUCUCACGAAUGGCAUGGCUGUGAAUCCCUCCAAAACCAAGUUGAUGAAGUUCAACAGGAAACUAAAUUCAGUGGUAGCCGACUACUUUCUCGAUGGUAACCGGGUGUAG